GACAAUUUCAUUUGCAUUUGUUUGGUAUGGUUUAUGAUUUAUUUUCUUUUUAAUUUUUAAACAAAUACUUCGGGAAAAUAUCUGCCAUUAUUAUUUACUUGAUAGAAAAAUCAUAGAAAACUACUUACCUAUUGAGGUAAGAGUUAAUAUAAAGUGCUAUAUUGACACCAUGGAGGAUGAAAUAGAAGAAAUUGAGGCUAGACCACAGAGUGCGAGGCGCAACUUGACGCUGAGGAACAAUGCGGCUAGGCAGGUUGCUGUCAACUUCAUGCCUUCCAGGCAACUGCCAUACAAUACAUUGCGACUCCGUCGAAAUACUUCGGAGCACAAUGCACUACUGGAAGAAGUGGAUGCUGCGGAGGCCGACGCGCCCGACUCGGCUGAUAAGCAGGCUGAUAUCAUCGUGCGGGAGAUGGAACAGCACCAGCGGCUGAUGGAGGACGAUCCGGUGGCUGAGGAGUUGAGGAGAGAGGCGUUACGAGACCUUCCCCAAGGUCUGACGAUGAAGAGAAACGUGCGCGCCAAACUGUCAGCGUCUGUCAGCCUCCGAUCGAAACGAAGACCUAUUUCGAUGUGGAAACGGAUGAAAUAUCGAAUCGGGUUUGCGUGGAAGAGGCUCAAAGACCGGUGUCGCGACGUAGUCUUCUCCUUCGAGUUCUGGUACGAGCCCAUCCGUCAGAUAGAAGGCCACUUCGGUUCCGCAGUCGGCUCCUACUUCUACUUCCUCCGAUGGCUGUUCGCUCUUGACCUGUUGCUGGCUACCCUGGUAGUGGCCUUCGUGGUCAUACCUCAAGCGUUGCAUGAUGAGACGAGGCCAGAUAGAGUGCAGUUGACGUUCUUGGAUUUUUUUACGGGGAAAGGUGGUCUGACUGACUCGCUGCUGUUCUACGGACACUACCACGACGGCCCCAUAUCGACUCAGUCUUCGAUGACAUACAACAUGGCGUUCGCUUACUUCUUCACCAUGGUCUGCUUGUAUCUCAUGUUCUUUGCAGUACUAUGUUAUAGGACAGCAUAUUCUUACCGCCUCAACUUCAUAGAGACUUCGGGAGGCCUGAGCCACGUGUUUGCCAACAAGGUGUUCUGUGGGUGGGACUUCGGCGUCGUCACACCUGAGGCUGCCAAACUUAAUGCCAACAGCCUUUACAACGAGUUCAAGGAACUCCUAAGUGAACAGAACCGCAAGCAAACAGCCACUUCAUGGCUGACCAAGUUAGGCCAAUACGCCACCAACGUGAUCAUCAGCGUGUUCGUGCUGGCCCUCAUAGGGCUGAUCGAGUGGGGGCUGUGGCUGCUGCUGGGCUGGCGCAGCGGGGUGCAGCACUGGGAGCUGUGCGUGUCCGUCAUCGUGACUGUCUGCGUCACCGUGUGCCCGCUCAUGCUGCAUGUGCUGGUCAAAUUGGAGUUCUACACCCCUCGUACAGCGCUGUACGUGACGCUAGCCCGCACGUGGCUACUAGACGUGGGCACUCUCAUGCUGCUGCUCGUCUACUGGUCGCAGGCGCAUGCUGGACAGUGCUGGGAAACAUCGUUCGGUCAGGAGGCGUACCGGCUGGUGUUGCUAGACUCCGUCGUAUCUUUGUUUGUGUUGCCAUUUAUUGAGUUCACUAGAGGCUUAAUUUAUAACUGGAGUAAAUCAGAAAGUGCUCCAGAGUUCAACAUCGCAUACAACUCGCUGACGCUGAUCUACAACCAGGCGGUGCUGUGGUUCGGCAUGGUGUUCAGCCCGCUGCUGGCGGUGGCCGUCACCCUCAAGCUGCUGUUGCUCUUCUACAUCAAGCGCGAGUGUGCUCUCAGGGCCUGCCAGCCUGCUAGGAAGGUAUGGCGAGCCGCUCAAACACAGACGGUGCUGUAUAUGUUCGUCACACUAUCAUUAUUCACCACCCUCUUCGGCAUCGGAUCACUAUUCUUUAGAACAUCUAGCCACGCAUGCGGUCCAUUCCGUGGCUACUCGUACGUGUACGGCGUGGUGAGCGAGGGCGUGCUGCGCCUGCAGCAGCGGCCGGGGCUGCGGGCCGUGCUUGGCUUCAUCGUCAGGCCGGGGGUCAUAGGCUUUGUUAUGCUGUUUUUGUGUGUAUCGGUAUACUACAUGCGCGCUCUGGCUCUGGCGCAGCGAUCCAUGGUGCAGCUGCUGCGGCACAUGCUGGUGCUGCAGGCCAAGGACAAGGACUUCCUGCUCACUGCCAUCUCUAAUGUCUCUAAUGGAGAAUGGCUGUACAGUCCAAAGCCAGACGAGGGUCCCGACAGCCACACAUUUAAGUACCUCCGCGAGGUCCGCAAGCCCUCCAACUCCGGCUUCCACUUCGACGCCUCGCGCCUCAGCCACUCCCUCAUUGAAGGCAGACCAAGGUCCUUCGCCAAGGAGAACAGGUCCUCACAUUAUAAUGAUAAGAAGCCUGAAGAUGGAGACACAGAUAGUUCCUUCAGUUGGCAAGGGUCUAAUAAUUAUUUGAACAGUGUAGGGGAUAAGCAGUGGCCUUGAAUUUUGAUAUAUUUUUUAUUAUAAUGCGAACCUUCCUACUAAUGAUAAAAUACAAAAUUAACUAUUAGUUAAAGGAAUGAUAUAGAUGGGUAAUGAAAGCUGUUUUUUCCACUGAUAUUUUACUUGGGGUUUAUGAUAUAUCAAGGUAUAUGAACAGAUUUUGUAUAUAGUAAUGGAAUGGAAUUAUACAUGGGCCUGCUAUGUUUCGUCCACAAGGUUUUGUCACAUAAGGUUGUAAUAUAAAAAAUAAAAUUGACUUGUAUUAUACUUAACAUUAUAUCUUAAUACUAUGGGAUGAUAAAAUGAAAUUAUAAAAUGGUGCUACCUUGCAUUUAAAUUUUGUGAUAAUGAUAUGAUAGAGGACUUUCUAAAGUAUUAUAAUUCUAAAAACUUAUAGGUAUAACUUUAGGAGACUUGCCAAAACACCCCAGUUUAAGAAUCUUAGAGUAGUAUUUUGUAAUACAAAUCAGUAUUUGUUUUAAGGUAUACUAAAUGCGUUACAAUAAUUUAAUGAACAUACUGAAUAUUGCCAACCAAGUGAAUUUCAGCAUACUUAAGAGUUAAUAUAUUUUUCUUUUCGUUCGUAAUAUUGCUAUUAGAAGCUUGCAUUUUCAACUUUCCUUUACUGAAGAAUUUAUAUUUUAGUUCCUAUCUAUGUGUUAUGUCAGAGAUUAUAAUUUGUUUAGUAAACUAUAUGAACAUUGCUCUUCCUAAUGUCUUCCGGUGUUCUUUGAGGCUUAGUUAGAAAAUAAGAACUUUAAGUCUUUAAUGUGAAGUAUUCUAAAUAUAAGAACGAACAUCGCCAAAAUUGAUUAAAAUUAUUAUAGGUGAUCUUGGACGAAGUUAUUCUAAUUUGUAACGCGAUAUUUAUGCGUUUUUUGCGAAAUUAUAAGCAAUUCUAAAUUUUUAAUUUGUAAAAUGCUUGUAUCAAAUAUGUUUAUUUUGCAACGGUAAGAAAACCAAAUAUUUACGGAAAUGUAAUGACAGUAUUAAAAAUAAAAUACUUGAAAUCUGCUAACAUUUUUUACAUAUUCAUGAAAUUAUAAAAUGAAAUAAUUCAUACAUUCAAUCGAAUGCAAUCCUUGUCAAUUUCUAGUUUAAGAGAAUUUAUUAUGCAUUUAUACUUAUAAUAUACGAUUUUUAUGAUACUUAGGAGAAUUUGCAAUUAAAAAUAUUUAUAAUGA